AUGCCGGCCGAGUUAGUCGCCCCUCUUCUCCUCGCUAAGGGCGCCGCUGCUCAAGGAGGCGCCAGUUUCUUAGGGGGUGCAGCGCCUGCUGGUUUGGGCGGACUUUUAGCAGCAACCCCAGCAGGAAUGGCUGCUAGUGCCGUCGGAAACAUCGCUGGAGGUAUAGCCCAACAGGCGGCAGCAGGUGGAGGCGGUGCCCCGGAAGUGCUGGAGCAGGCUUUGUAUUUUCUGCCCCUUCUCACCCCUCUUUUUUCUGGAGUUUCAAAGAGUAACAUGAGGCCUGAUGAGCAGCGGACUAUUCGUCUAUCAACUGCAGACAGCCGAGGGCUGCGCUAUGCGGAGUUCCUGUGA